AUGAAGAUUUUGCAAAAAGAAGAAGUACUGAUUGCAGAGAAAGUUCUGCAGAAAUAUUUACCCAGGAGUUUUCAGGUGUAUGGAUUCUUAUGUGCUUUCAAUCGAAACAAACCAAGUAAUGUACAGUUUGUCGUUGAUCAGUGGCCAGAUUUUCAGGCCAUCAUGUCUCGUCCUGACCGAGAGCAAGAACAUACGUUUGUGCCAGACACGAAAAUUUACUGCACGGAUGAGCAGGUUUUGAAAAAAAUGCUAACGCAGGAAGAUAUAAUCGACUGGAGCACUUAUAUUCCUGGAGUGUGUAAUGUUUCUUUCACGUCCAUGCUCAAAGAAGUUUCAACCAACAGACAAGUCAGCUACAGACGCUUAUCAGCGUCACAUUCUAUGUAUUUGCCAGACAGUACCUUUCUGCUUAAACCAACUUUUGGCAGUGAGGUUGAAUCCAAGAUGUCAUCUCUCAAUCUCUCCCAUGUUGACCUGGUGAAUCAAACCUGGAAGUAUGGCGGGGAUGAACGUGGAUACAACUAUAUUACGUUUCUCAUCAGCAACUUCCCAUCAUGCUGCAUCACUGAUGAUCAGGGUCAGCCCGUAUCCUGGAUUCUGGUGUAUGACUACUUGGCAAUGGGGCUUUUGUAUACGCUGCCCAAGUACAGACGAAAAGGCUAUGCCAAAGUGUUGGUACAUGCCAUGGCCCGCAGACUCCUUGCUGACGGCUACCCAGUAUACUGCCAAAUUGAUGAGGAGAAUGAUCAAUCCAAAAAGAUUUUCAAAAACUUGGGAUUUACUGAGGAUCCGUCAUAUAGAGAUGUAUGGUUUGAGUACAACAUCUAA